AUGAGCCACGGGGCGCCGGGCGCAGCGGCCGCCGCGGCGGCCGCCGGAGGUGCAGCAAGCCCCACAGCGCAGGCACUGAAGGGUUCCGAGGAGCAGCAGCAGCAGCAGCAGCGGCACGAGUCGCAGGGCAAUGGGACGGGCGACGGGGCGCCCCCCCCGGCGGGACCGCGCACCGACCACGGCCAGCACGGCGUGGGCAUGCUGGUGGUGGAGAGCGUCGUGCCGGGCGGCCCGGGGGACGGCGUGCUUGAGCCGGGGGAUGUCCUCGUUCGCCUCGGGGGGCAGGUGGUCACCCACUUCUUACCCCUGGAGGAGGCCCUGGACUCGGCCGUGGGCGGCACCGUGGAGCUCAGCCUCGAGCGCGGCGGCAAGCCAAUCGACGUGAGGCUGGCGGUGACUGACCUGCACUGCGUGACGCCCUCGCGCCUGCUGGAGGUCGCGGGCGGCAGCGUUCACGCGCUGUCGUACCAGCAGGCGCGCAACAACCGCGCGCUGACGGGGCAGGUCUACGUCGCGGAGCCGGGUGGGUAG